UUCACUUAAUACUUAGAGUCAUAUUUUCCCCUCCUGUUCUGUCCUAGUCCGUACGUAGUAAGGAUUUACAGUCCACUUACCCUUCACCAGUUUACAGAUUGUUGAAAAAAAGGAAGCUAACAACAGUUCGCAUAUUAGAAGAGCUGUUGUACAUUAAUGACGAGUAAUUAAAGCCUAUUAUGUUAAGUGGUUAUCAACAAACUGCAACAAUGGAGACUGGCAUAUCGGAUUAUACGCUUCCUCGAGUCAUUCGCUUCCUGCAAGGAGAACAUUUUAGGAUUGAGCGAGAACGGAACUUAAAUGAAAUUGAAAAGACAGAAAUGAGACGAAAAAUUGCAUCGCUGGAAACAGACAACGCAAAGUUGAGGCAACUUGUUGAAUUUCAUGCUCGACGAACAAAGAUGCUGGAAAAUGCUAUUCGUCGGAACUCGCCAACUAUUUCUAAUAAUAAGUCUGAAUCGGAUAAUGAGGAAGCGGAUGAAUUGAGUGCUCUUUUCGAAUCCAAUUUGGCUCUCCAAUCCGAUAACAACAAGCUUUCCAAGGUUCUUGAACAAAGCAAAAACUUUAUUAAAAAAUGCAUUCAAGAGAUCACGUAUAUGACCAAUAUUCAACCACAAUUGUCAGCAGAUUCAUACAAUUCUUUUUGGCCCGAGGAAUUCGCUGCUCAAAAUGAACAGAUGAUUGCUUCCAAGCAAGCAGCUUUCAACUGUCCCUUACAACAUUCCGGGGCUUCUGUUAACGAGGAAGUCCCGGUAAAGAGUCCUGUGAAACAAGACAAUGAAGAUGCUGCCUAUAUCCAUGAUGACUUGAUUGAAGAUGAAAUCUUUGACCCUGCCGCUGCAAAACAGAAACCCAUUCCUUCGCCCUUAAAGAACGAAAUAGACACGACUGAAGAGUUAACACCCAUCGCACCGUCUUUGAGCAAAAACGCAAUUCCUUCUCCCAUUCUCAAUCACUCCUGGAAAACCGUGUGUACGCUUACCAAUUCUUCACCCGUACGCUGUCUGGCCUACGAGUCUUUUGGUAGCAGUGUCCCUAGCUUUGCGUAUGGUGACGACAAUGGACAAGUUAAGUUUUACCGUAUCUUUGACUCUAAUACCUCUAACGAAUUUCCCACUCCUGCUGCGGUUUACGUAGGACACAAGGGAUCUGUUCUUUCACUCUGUUUUCCCACAAAUAUUCGGCGCAUAUUUUCGAGCGGCUCUGAUGGCUGUUUGCGGGCUUGGAAAUUACCAUCCCUUCAUCCAUCCUCGCCCUCUACAGAAAGCCCAGACAAUAGCCUUAUUCUUGACUUGGACGGCAAUCCCAUCAAACAGCUUCUCGUUUUUGAAGACAAGAACAAGACUCCUUCCAUAAUGAGUUUGUGUCUUGAUAACUCUAUCCGUGCAUGGAAACUUACUGGUGAGGAGAUUACCAGGGUAACACUGGAAAAAACACAACCAGAGUGUAUGAGCAUUUAUGAUACCCGUCUUGUUGUUUCUUGGUCGGAUGGUUACUUGCGUAUGUAUGACCUUGAAACCUUUAACGUUACGCAUACAAUUGCUGCUUACGAUGAGGAUGAGCCAAGCUCAGUCACACACGUUUUAUUAAUGAAUGAAAACAAAAUAAUGACUCUACAUACCGAUGGUGCACUGCGCAUCUUCGAUGUCGUUUCACAAAAACUGGUACAUAAGCAAUCUAUCUCUAAAACAGUCCCUACCACGGCAAGUUUCUCCAACAAUGGACAAGAACUUGCUAUUGGUGACUUAAAUGGAACAGUCCAAUUGUUUGCCCUCAUGCACAACGAGCUUACUCACAAAGCUACGCUUUCUACUCACUCUGGUUCAUAUGGAACAGGUGUAUCCUCACUUUUGUGGACAAAGAUGUUUCCCGAUGGAAAGGAAUACCUACUGUCUGCUGGCUUGGACGGUCGGGUUCAUGUGUACUGUAGGUAAUUAUAUCUCUUUGAUAGAUGCUCUUCUAAAGGCAAGGUCACGACUACUUCGUGACUAGAGAAAUGACAUCCUCUACACUUUCCAAUGGCUUUACACCUAUACACUUCUUCAAACAUUUACCGGUUCCCCUUUCAAAGACCCAAUGACUCCGAAAUAACUUCCCAUCAGGCUUGCGUGCUCCCAGGGCUUGUAUCAAAGUACCUUCUCUGUCACUCAAUAGGUGAAAGGGGAAAUUUUGUUUUGUUUUAAAAUUCUUUUGGGCUCUGCAAGAGUCAUAGGAGACGCCUAAAACUUCGUAAUUGGCCUCCAUAAGUUUUGGAUAAUUGUCGCGAAAACCACAACCUUGUUUUGUGCAUCCAGGAGUGUUGGCUUUUGGAUAAGCAAAGAUAAUAAGUCCCUUAUCCUGAAUGAUUUUGCGGAGGAAAACCUCUUGCUCGUCUUCAUUCAAUAAUACCAGGUCGGGUAUGCAGUCUCCAACUUGAAAUUCCAUUGCUAACAGGAUUUCUGAACUAUUUUUGCUUCUCAGUGCUUGCCAACUUUUUAACCCAAAUGCUUAGGAGCUGGGACUUCUUAUAAUAAAGACAGAAGGGAUAGCGAAAUUGUUCACUAUGAGAUACAUGAACUCUUAUUCUCAGUGGACGAUAUCCGGACUGAUGCUUAGCGAUAGUUAUCGCAACCAACGGGCGACUCGAGCUCCUGAAUGUAUUAAAUAUGGCAGGCCAAAUUCAUGGGUACAUUUUCUACUCGGUGUCCCACAUAGACGUUUCGCUUGUUAUCCUUAGAUCUAUUACUCGAAGCAUUCUCUCGGCGUAGUAAUAAUAGUUUACACGAGUUAUUAUUUUGUACAUGAUUAAAGCAUCCUUUUUAUUAACAAUACACAUCUGUAAACUUUCUUUUUCCGCCUAUUUACUACAGUUCAGCCAAAAAACAGUUUUUUUUUAAAUUAAUUCACAUUAAACAGCAUUUAUAUAAUACAGUAUCCCUCCGUAUAUUUUUAC